GUUCUGGCUAUAUUGUGAGCUAUUGGAUGAGAUAUUGGCAUAAACACUAAGGAUAACCCACAAAAGUUUGAAGAAGACCUAUUUCCAGUAAGAGCCCUUCAGGUGGUGAUUGGGCAUACACCAGGAGAUAAUCCCCUACUCUUUUCCGAAGAGCGUACUAUGUUCUGUAACGUAACCAAUAGUUUUUAACAUCUAAUCUGAAAGACGUGUCCAGGAAUAAUAUCAGAAUCAGCUGGUGUGUUAAUUUUGUGGUAAAGGAUGCAGUCUUCCACAAACAGCCUAACUUUGGAUACAAUACCUAAAGGAAGAUCAUUUAUGAAGGCCAAGAACAACAGGGGGCCAAGGACAGUGCCCUGUGGAACCCCUGAGAUAUCCCUUUUGAUUGAAUGAUUGAUCCAUGGUAAUGUCCACCUUGAUGAUGUCAUCUUAGAUGGAAUAUAUUUAUCAAUGGUGUUCCGUAUUAAUGUUUAAGCUCAUCAACUAUUUGGUCAACAUUUAUUACUUCAAGAUGUUCAUAUUGAUAUCUCCGGACAACAGCAGUAGAAGCAUGCUAACGAGAUUUGUGACUCUGUGGUAGUGUUCUUACCUUGCAAUAGGACUGUGUGCUAUGAACAGCUAUUCAUAAUCAAAUGUACUGCAUUUAUAAAAUUUAUAAAUAAUUGAUAAAUGGAUUAAAGGAAGCCCUGCGUCUCAGACCACAUAACAGAUGCAAUCACACCUGCUGUUAUAAGAUGAGCAUAGAAGAUGCCUUGAUGUAAAACACUAACUGUCUGUAACUUUGUUUUAUUUGGUUAACUUCCUUGAGUUAACUAGCUUGUCUUGACUUUAUGCAGAAGUGAAUCUCAAGCAUUCCAGUAGUAGCAAGAUGGCGGUAGAUAUGUCUUAUCCUAGACAAGCUUUCUUAGGACUCUCAAAAGGAACUGCUCUAAUAAUUUCAUUAUUGAUACUAUGCUUGUUUCAAGUUGAGCUUGUUAACUCACAAACUACAGAAAACUAUGAGAACACAACUACGCCGCCGAAAACCUCAAAGAAGGUUGAGUGUAAAGAUGGUGUUUUUCUUCCAAUGUGGAAACCUGUUGAUGUUGCAACAUCAGAUAAAGCUGGACGUGCCAUCAUAUACUUCUUAGGUCUUGCUUUUAUGUUUCUAGGGGUGUCCAUUAUUGCUGAUAGGUUCAUGUCUGCAAUUGAAGUUAUUACCUCUAAAGAGAAGGAAGUUAGAGUAACACGGCCAAAUGGUGAGGAAGUAGUCAUCAGUGUUCGCAUUUGGAAUGAGACAGUUUCCAAUCUGACAUUGAUGGCACUUGGCUCAUCAGCACCAGAGAUCCUGCUAUCAGUCAUAGAGAUCUGUGGGAAUAAAUUUGAGGCUGGUGAGUUAGGUCCCAGCACGAUUGUUGGAAGUGCAGCUUUCAAUUUAUUUGUAAUCAUAGCAAUCUGUGUAUACGUCAUUCCUGAAGGAGAAGUUCGUAAAAUCAAGCACUUGCGCGUAUUUUUUGUUACUGCAACAUUUAGCAUAUUAGCAUACAUUUGGUUGUAUUGCAUAUUGAGGUACAUUUCAGAAGAUGUAGUGGAGGUCUGGGAAGCAUUGUUAACACUGAUGCUCUUUCCUGUCACUGUUGUAUGGGCUUAUGUUGCUGACAAAAGAAUCUUUUUCUAUCGCUUUCUUCGCAAAAAAUAUACCGCAGAAAAGAUUGUUCGUAGGGAAUCUCACAUGGAAAUGGGCGAAUCUGAUGCAAACCAUAUGAAAAUGAACCACGAAAGAUCGGACGGCAUAGGUUUUGAAGGCACUCAAGAUGAUGAAGCUUUGGAAAAAGACCUAGAAGAGAAGAGAAAAAACUUUGUUAAAUUACUACAGGAAUUGAAACAAAAGCAUCCUGAAGCAGAUCUCCAAACCUUGGAGCAGAUGGCAAACUACGAAGCUCUUAAUCAGAAGCAGAAAAGUCGUGCGUUCUAUCGCAUCCAAGCCACUAGGAAGAUGUGCGGUGCUGGAAACAUUCUUAAAAAGACCCUGGAUAAUAAGCGGGCCAGUAUUGCAGAAGUAAAGAUAGAGAUGGCGCAAGAGGAUUCAAUUACACGGGUAUUUUUCGAUCCAGCAUCCUAUACUGUGAUGGAAAAUGUUGGAAGUUUUAGUAUUAGUGUUGUGCGACAAGGAGGAGAUAUGAAUAAUACAAUCUAUGUGGACUAUAAGACCUCUGAUGGCACUGCUAAUGCAGGGUCUGAUUACCAUUAUGCAGAAGGAACACUUGUAUUCAAGCCAGGUGAAGCGCAGAAAGACAUAUAUCUGACCAUAAUUGAUGAUGAUGUCUUUGAGGAGGAUGAACAUUUUUUCUGUAACCUUGACAACAUACGUGUAGGGACUUCAGAGGGAAUGUUUGAUAGUAAUCCGUAUGGACCAUCUGCUGAGCUUGUGGAACCAACAAAAUGUCAGAUUACAAUCCUAGACGAUGACCAUGCUGGUAUAUUCCAUUUUGAGGAGAAAGAGAUAAAUGUUUCAGAGGCUGCUGGUGUAGCCCAGUUCAAGGUAGUCCGUUCCUCAGGUGCCAGAGGUGUUGUCCGUGUGCCAUUUAGGACCAUAGAAGGAACAGCUAAGGGAAAUGGAAAGGACUUUGAUCACAUCCAGGGCGAAGUAGAAUUUCAGAAUGAUGAGGUUUGUUAGUGCUAUCACUAUGAAA